UAUUUUUAUUAUUAUCGUCAUUGGAGUACAAAUUUUGACCUUUCGCUAUCCGGAUCUAGGGUUUUUUAUAUCUCCUCGUUCGUCGCCAUAAUCAUCAAAAUUAGAAACCCUAGCACCUCCGCUCACUGGUUAAUUCAAUCAAAUAAAGCGGUAGAUCAUCGAGAGAGGAGGAGAAGAAGUUUCAUGAUCUAUCUAAGCAAAAUUUGUUCUUUUUUAAAACUUGUACAAAAAUGGGAUCAAAUUUUAAAAGCACCGAUGAUGAUCAAAAGAAACCUCAUGAUUUUUUGUUAUAUUUGAUUUGACGAUGAUGAGAUGAGAUGAGACACACAAUCGAAGCCAAGAACUGAGAUAUUUUUCGAUUCUCUUUUAUUAUUAUUUUUUAAUAAUAGUACCUUUCGGGGAGAUCAGAAGAAGGAAAGAAAAUGUAUAAAACGGUGGUGUAUGAAGGAAAAGAAAAUUUGGGGGAAGUUGAGAUAUAUCCACAACAAGGAGAACAAGUAAAGAACAACAAAGUGUUCGAUGAAAUCAGAAUAAGUUACUACACGGAAGCGAGUGAGAGAUGUCCACCACUGGCGGUGCUACAUACCAUUACGUCUGGUGGGAUUUGCUUCAAAAUGGAGUCUAAAUCAUCGGACAACACGCAGCUACAUCUUUUGCACUCCUCCUGUGUCAGAGAAAACAAGACUGCAGUGAUGCCACUAGGGGCAGACGAGCUCCACUUGGUUGCCAUGUAUUCUAGGAAUAGGCAGUAUCCAUGUUUCUGGGGAUUCAUUGUUGCAUCUGGACUGUAUAAUUCUUCUCUCGUCAUGUUGAACCAUAGAUGUCUUGGCAUUGUUUUUGAUCUGGAUGAAACCCUUAUAGUUGCAAAUACAAUGCGUUCAUUUGAGGAUAGAAUUGACGCUUUGUUGCGUAAAAUAAGCACUGAGGUGGAUCCACAGCGCAUUGCUGGUAUGCAGGCUGAGAUCAAGCGCUAUCAAGAUGACAAGUCUAUAUUGAAGCAAUAUGCAGACAAUGAUCAGGUUAUUGAAAACGGGAAGGUGAUCAAAGUUCAGUCAGAGGUUGUUCCAGCCUUGUCUGACAACCACCCAACUAUUGUUCGGCCACUUAUACGACUGCAAGAGAAAAACAUUAUUCUGACUCGAAUCAACCCGCAGAUUCGUGAUACCAGUGUUCUUGUGAGGUUGAGACCUGCAUGGGAAGAUCUACGGAGCUACUUGACUGCUAGAGGACGCAAGCGUUUUGAGGUCUAUGUUUGCACAAUGGCAGAAAGGGAUUAUGCUUUAGAAAUGUGGAGGCUUCUUGAUCCAGAGUCAAAUUUGAUAAAUACAAGAGAAUUGUUGGAUCGCAUAGUCUGUGUCAAAUCUGGUUCAAGGAAAUCAUUGUUCAAUGUCUUUCAAGGUGGAAUUUGCCAUCCUAACAUGGCACUCGUGAUAGAUGAUCGUUUGAAAGUAUGGGAUGAGAAAGAUCAACCUCGGGUGCAUGUAGUUCCUGCUUUCUCUCCAUACUAUGCUCCUCAAGCUGAAGCAAAUAAUUCUGUUCCUGUCUUGUUUGUAGCGAGAAAUGUUGCUUGCAAUGUUAGGGGUGGAUUUUUCAAAGAGUUUGAUGAUGGUCUUCUACAAAGGACACCCGAACUUUCAUAUGAAGAUGAUCUUAGGGAUAUUCCUUUGCCUCCUGAUGUGAGCAACUAUUUAGUUUCAGAGGAUGAUGCUUCUCUCUUAAAUGGAAACAAAGAUCCACUUCCUUUUGAUGGCAUGGCCGAUGCUGAGGUUGAAAGAAGACUUAAAGAUGCAAUAUCAGCUUCUUCAGCAAUCUCUUCAGCUCUCACGAAUCUUGACCCAAGACUCGCUUCACUUCAGCAUGCAAUGCCAGCUUCUAGCUCAAUUCCUCUCCCAACAUCUCAAGUGGCAGAUUUUCCAUUUCCCGAUGUGCAGUUUUCGUCAGCAGCUUCAUUAGUGAAACCACUGGGUCAUGUUUCCCCUCAAGAACCAAGCUUGCAAAGUUCUCCUGUUAGAGAAGAGGGUGAGGUUCCAGAAUCAGAAUUAGAUCCUGAUACUAGGAGGCGACUUCUCAUAUUGCAACAUGGGCAAGAUACAAGAGAUCAGGCACCAAGUGAACCCUCAUUUCCUGUAAGAACCCCAAUGCAAGUUUCAGCUCCAUCCGUGCAAUCACGUGGAAGUUGGUUUCCAUCUAAAGAAGAGAUGAGCACUCGACAAUUGAAUCGAGCAGGACCCAAAGAAUUUCCUUUAGAUUCUGAGCCAAUGCAAAUUGAAAAACACUGGCCUCAUCAUCCAUCUUUUUCCCCUAAGGUUGAGAGUCCUGUUCCACCUGAUAGACUUCAUGAAAAUCAAAGAUUGAGAAAAGAGUCACUUCAUAAAGACAACCAGUUGAGGUUGAACCAUACCCAUUCUAGUUAUAAUUCUUUCUCAGGUGAUGAGGUCCCUUUGAGCCGAUCAUUCUCUAGCUACAAGGAUUUUGACUUUGAAUCAGGACGAGAUGUUUCAAGUGCAGAAACUCCAGCUACAGUUUUACAAGAUAUUGCAAUAAAGUGUGGAGCCAAGGUGGAAUUCAGGCCAGCUUUGGUUGCCAGCAUGGAGUUACAGUUCUCCGUUGAGGCUUGGUUUGCAGGAGAGAAGAUAGGACAAGGAACGGGUAAAACAAGGAGGGAAGCCCAGCAGCAGGCUGCUGAUGCAUCAAUCAAGAACUUAGCUAAUGUAUAUAUGUUACGUGUAAAGCCUGAAUCUGGUUCUGCGCAUGGAGAUUUUAUUAGAUUUUCUAACACCAAUGAUAAUGGGUUUUUGAGUAAGUUUAAUUCAUUUGGGGGUCAGCUGUUGCCUAAAGAGGAGUCUGUACCACUAUCUACUGUGUCAGAGCCAUCUACACUUCUAGAUCCAAGGCCAGAGGUCUCUAAGCUAUCGAUCGGUUCAGUGUCUGCACUUAAAGAAUUAUGCAUGAUGGAGGGACGUGGAGUUGCUUUUUCAAAAUUGUCUCCAUCACCGGUUAACUCUAUACAGAAAGAUGAAGUAUAUGCACAGGUUGAAAUCGAUGGUCAGGUGUUAGGAAAGGGGAUUGGGUCAACUUGGGAUGAAGCUAAGAUGCAGGCUGCUGAAAAGGCUCUUGGAAGCCUAAGGUCAACGUUUGGUCAGUUUCCUCAAAAACGUCAAGGAUCCCCAAGGUCAUUGCAAGGAAUGUCAAGUAAACAUCUAAAGCCAGAUUUCCCUCAAGUUUUACAGCGGAUGCCUGCUUCUGGUAGAUAUCCCAAGAAUUCUCCUCCUGUUCCUUGAAAGCCCUUAGCAUAUGAUUGUUCAUCCCACGCUUUGGUUAUUCUAUUUGGUCGGACAUUUUUAUUGUACAUAACAUAGGGACAAGAAAGGGCUGUCAAGAUCCAGGCUGCCACCGAUUAACCACUUAUUUCUUCUUUUUGGAUCCUUUUGGCGCAAGAGGCGAGAAACUAUACUGCCAAAUAUCUGCAAUUCUCAGAUGUAAAUUUGGUCUUUCCAGUCAUUUCUGUCUCUGCUUCAUCUGAGACUAAGUGAUAAAGCUAGGACUGGCUGACUCAAUGCUGUAUCAUUUUUUCCUCUCCGAUAGGUCCAUAGAAGCCUGACAAGAUUAAAACAAGGUGCCAUGUAGUCUUAGCCUUGAUUUCUUUCAUUCUCGUGCCAGAUGAUGCCACUCCUGUACCGAAUUCUUUGGCAGAACCUGCUAGGGUGGAAUUGCUUUGUAUAUCUAUUAAGUGGAAGUUGUGUACUGAGAGGCAAUGAAGGGCAGCUUGAGUUUCUGGUUUUGGGUGUACUCAGAAUCACAGAAGAUACUUAAGCAAAUACAGUAGUAUCAUCGACAUCAUCAUAUAGCCCUUUGUCAGUUCCACCUUUCGGAAGAAUGCAUUGAAUUUAGAGUGCUGAGUGCUGACAUUGGUGAACUUCUUACUGACUUCACCCGAAUUGCCAUAGCACAGUCAAAAUGCAAUUCAACUUGAGGAGAAGGAGAAAAGGGAGAAGGAAAUGAGAAUUCAGAUAAUUGAAGAAGCUGAGGAGUAUAAACGUAGUUUCUAUGAGAAAAGAAAGCUCAACAUAGAGACUAACAAGACCAAUACCAGAGAAAG